UCGCUCUCUCUCUCUCUCUCAUUUUCGCCGGUUAGAACCGCGGGUUUAUGGAUAUUCUCGCGUGUUAUUGUCGCGCGCGAUAUUCUCGUUAACGUGCGUGCCCACGACGCGAUGAGUUUCAUAUAAUCAUAAAUACUAUCCGCGAGCGAGCAAGCGCCGAGCUGAUGAUAGAUGGCUGCCAUCGUCGGGCGCUCGAGUGCGCUCUAAAAUAAACGGCGCACCGUAAACCGUGCCGCGGUCGCCGAUCGUCGCACACGAGAGAGACAGAGACAGAGACAGAGACAGAGACAGAGAGAGAGAGAGAGAGAGAGAGAGAGAGCGCACAGCUCGUCAAUCAGAGACUCGAAGACUGAAACUCUCCGCAAUUAACCACAGACGACCCGUGGUGAUCCGCGAGUACACCACCCCGUCCUUCCUCCGCCUCCUCCUCCUCCUCCUCCUCCUCUUGCUCGUCCUUCGGCAGCAGGGUAGUGAUUAAGAGAUUCGCAAUUCUCCGGUUUCGUUUAAUUACACAGCGAAUAAAAUCGAUUCCGAUUCCGAUUCCGCGUCAAAUCAAAGGGCACCGGCGUAAAACUGCGUAACAAGUUGAAUUGAAUUGAUUUGGCGUAGAUUAACGAAACGCGGGCGUGAAGCAGACUGCAAAAGCGAAUUAAAUUACAGCUACUCUCGAUAGAGGAGGCGGAAUGGCUACCCCCCCUCUCCCGUAUUGCACAUUAUAAUGCACUCGCGUCGCAAGUUAUGCUUAUGAGUCGCAAUUGAGGCGCUCCGGGCGCACCGUAUGAAAAUUAAAUCGAUGCGAGAUAACCGCGCUCGCGAGUGGUCGGCCGAGGGCUGGCAGGCGAGGAAAAAGGAUCGCCUUAUUAAUUCACGUACAGUCGGCUCAAAAAAGGACACACCGUUGAAAAAAGAGAUCGCUUGUCGUUCCAAUUGCCACGACACGUUGUUGCUCUAAAUUGAUAAGGGUUGAAGCCCGAGAUCUCUCUCUCUCUCUCUCUCUCUCUCUGUCGCUUGCUAAUUUUUUUUAAUUCGCUGCACUCGCCUCGGUGCAUACACACACACACACAUACGCGCACGUGCACCGCACAGUAAGCACGGGGUGAAGGAUUUAAUUUUGCCGGAUGAGGAACGCGAAUUAGCCGGAGGUCGUUGCGAGACGCAGGACUUCGCGUACGUGGUGCUUGUUCGCCGCACAACGUACGUGAUAUCAAGCCGCGCUGAAUUGGCCGGAAUGACGGAUAUAUAGCGUAUGCGCGUCACGUGUAUAUACAACCGCCACCAGAUAUUAAUGCAAUUAGCCGCGAUAUCGCCCAGCCACGCAGCCUUUAGCGUCUACGUUGAAUCAGAUUUUUAACUUAUACGCCUUCUUAACGAUUCGCGCGCGCGCGCGCGCGCGUUAUAUCAGCAUGAAUUCGCAACCUUACGACCUAGAACCAGAUUUUACCAUACUUUCAGACAGUUUUUGUUUCUCGCGUACAACACUCGGCCCGCGACGACGACGAAGACAACGACGGCGACGCUUUUCGCGGCGCAGCGUACUCGUGACGCGCGACGAUCGAAAGGAAUCAUUUAAUAGCGCAAAAACGAAAGGAUCGGGUAACGCGAGACUCGAGAACACGGGAUCGGCAAACCGAUCUGGAAAUAUCGAGCGAGUCGGCGUGCUUUGUUACGCUCGACGGUGAUUUCGCGUUCGCUCCGGUAUCGCAAUUCGGCCUGCUUUGAUACAGCGCGUGGCGGAGAAAAUGUUCCCCGAUCCGCCUGUCGAGAUAGAGCCCGUUGCGGGACAUACACGGAAUGUAUAUGUUCCGGGAAACUAUCAGCGGCGCGAAAGUUACCGCGAGCUGCGCCGAUAGGAAAAUCGCGAGUUCCGCGCUGAUACGCGCCGGCCGCGUGCUGACGCGCGUCUGUAACAAGCGUCUCCGUGAAAACGUGUCGCGUAAAAUUGCAUGUUAUGCGCGGGAAACAUGCACGCGUCAGAAAUGCCAAACGUGCAACGCUCGCGGCCCAAUUCGCGCGGUGGGAGAUAGGCGGUAAAGUAAAAACAAGAGAAAAAGGAGAGAGAGAAAGAAAGAGAGAGGGGAAAGCGCAAGACAACAAGAGCGGCUCGCGCGUGGCAGCGGCGGUCUAUCUUGUUGGCCGUUAUUGCUGGAUAUAUCGAGGUACUUUGUAAAAAAAGAGAAAAAAUAGCCGAAGAGGAAGAAGGGCGAAGGGGUACGAUUGGUCAGGUGAGCACCGAGCCGGCGUCAUCCCCGAGGCAACCAGUAUGGAAACACACAGACGUGGAGCCGCGUCGCACAGUCACCCUCGUGAGGCGAAGAGAGGCCUUCUGGCACGUGCGAGUGAGUCUUCAUUUUCCGCGUGUCCCGAAGCACGGGCUAUUAUCUCGAGAAACCGGCAACAUUCGUGCCUGGAAAAGCCGACCGCCGAAUCGGGGGACGGGGAGAGAGGGUGCGUUUUAUUACGCUCGGUAUUCCCUCUUUUUCCGCUUUUUACGCUGAUAGAAUCUACCUCGCGCAAGUUCCUCGUACUCGCGAGCGUUUCUGGACGACAAUUAGCGACUCGUCAACCCACGAGAUGAAUAUUACCGCGAGACCGCGGUAUCGCGUGGUAACGGCCGUCAGCUCGCCAUUCGUCAUGUACAACAGCAGCAGCGGCAGCUUCUACGGCUACUGUAUCGAUCUACUGGAGUCGAUGAGCCGGAUUUCCGGCUUCGACUACGAUCUCGUAGAGUCCACAGAUCAAUUGUUCGGCCAUGUAACAGAAUCGGGCGAGUGGACCGGCAUGAUCGCGGAUCUGCUGAACGACAGCGCGGACUUCGCCGUGGCAGCGCUUUGGAUCACGCACCUUCGACGACAGGUAGUAGACUAUACCAUACCGUUCUACAAGGACAACGGCUUCACGAUCAUGAUGCGAAGGCGCGAACAGUUCAAUGUGUUCCUCUGGUUCCUUACGAUCCUCGACCUCCAGGUCUGGCUGCACUUCGCCAUCACGUUCCUCGUCACGUCGAUCUUGAUACGGCUGUUUGAGCGUUUCUCGCCCUACAGCUACAGCAAUAUGGCUGAAAGUUACACCGACGAGCCGGAUCAGCGGUUCGCAAGCUUACGGGAGUGCUUUUGGUUUUCCUUGACGGCGCUCACCCCCGAGGGGGCUAGUGCGAUGCCCAAGAGCCUCUCCGGCAAAAUGGCCGUUGCUGUCUGGUGGCUGCUCGUCUUCGUCAUCGUGGCGGCCUACAACGCGAACCUUGCCGCGUAUCGAACUCUGGAUCGAUUGGAGCGCCACAUCGAGACGAUCGACAAUCUCAGGAGGCAAUAUCAGGUUGACUACUCGACCAUUGUCGAUUCGGCGACCUAUAGGUACUUUGAAAGUCUGAAGGACAACGAGGAGCUUCUGUCCAGCCUGUGGCGACAAAUGAGUCUGGACGAGAGCGUGUCGGAUUGGGAGAGAAGCCAGCUCACCGUAUGGGAGUAUCCGGUCGAUGAUAAGUACACGAAGAUUUACAACGCGAUGAGAAAAACGGGCUUACUCGCCAAUAAAGAAGAAGCCGUGAACAGCGUGCGACGGAUUAAUCGUACCCGCGAAUUCGCCUACAUCGGCGAGGCGACGCAGAUCAGAUACCUCGCGCUGACCAAUUGCGAUCUCAAGCAAGUGGGCGAGGAAUUCGGCAUGAGGCCGUUCGCGUUCGCCGUGAAAAAGGGCUCGCCGUUGAAGAGCAAGCUCGAUGAUUCAAUCACGCAGGUCGCGUUGCGGGGGAUACCGUUGGAAUUGGAGAAGAAAUGGUGGGACGAGAAUCCGGCGAGGGCGCAGUGUCCGACGAAUGACGGAAUUGACGCGGGAUUCACGUUCAACGACACAAGAGCGAUAUUUCUGCUGAUCCCCGUCGGGAUCCUUCUGGCGAGCGUUACAUUGUGUCUACAAUACGGGUAUACCAUUCGAAAGAGACGCGACGAGAAAAAGCGACGAGCGUUUGUAAAAACGAGCGCGCGGCGAGAGUGCCGCGCAAAAUAAUGGGCUGCCGAGAGUAAACAAUAUAUCGGGGCCGAGAUUUCUCGCUCUCAUGGGCGACGCGACGCUUUCGAUUCAGCGUCGUUUUGCCAGCCAGCCAGCGAGUGAGCGAGAAAACUAAUUCGAGUUCCCGAGCUCGUGAAUUACAGUGUUGACACCGAAGCAUACAAGCAAUGUUUGACACCGAUUUCACCGUUCUAACCGAUCUCUUGUUAGAGAUUCCGAUUUUAAAUAACGAAAAUAAUGAUGUAAUGAUCUAGCAUUUGAUUGCGCGAUCACAUGCAAUAUCCGCGCCGUGUAUUCCUGAUACUUUUAGCCGGCUUGACAAAGUCAGAUAUUUUAUUUAUUACAAGACUCCGAGAAUCGAUUGUGCUCAAGUCGCACGUUUUGAGAUUCUCAAUUCCGUUCUCGUUCUUUAGCCACGAAUGGCAGUCCGCGCCCGCGUAUAUCAAGGACAUGCCGUGAUUUUUUACUUGCUAUCGCGCAAUUGUGAUUUACUGGACCGCGGAAUAUAGUUUUCGACUAUUUCUGUCGAGCGGCCGAUUUGCAUAUGGAGACGCUGAUAACCGCUUUCGGUUGAUGUGAGCUCGCGUGACGUUGUUUAAAAAAAAAAAAAAAAACUACAGCC